AUGGUCGUCAACACUCGGGGGACCGACAGACAGCAACCCGGUCCGAAUGUGGCGGCUCCUGUCGGGCCAAGAUCGGAGGACGAGCUUGGCGAUGAAAGCAAUGUCGUAGACGAGACGACGGCUCUUCUGGGCCCAUCCAAAGUGAAUUAUGGAGAAACGACUUUUUCAGAAAAUCAGAAUGGUGAUCCAGUGACCAAUGGCGCCGGCGAGGAAAAGCCACUCCACAAGACUCAAGUCCUACUACUUUGCUAUGCUCGGGUGAUGGAGCCUCUUGCAUUUUUUUCGAUCUUUCCCUACGUGAACCAGAUGAUUCAAGAUCUAGGAGGCUUGGAAGACACGGAUGUGGGCUUCUAUAGCGGUCUCAUCGAGUCCUUGUUUUCUCUGACGCAGGCUAUCGUCAUGAUAUUCUGGGGGCGAGCUGCUGAUCGUAUUGGACGCAAACCUGUCCUAGUCUUUUCAUUGUUUGGUAUGGCACUGGCCACAGGUCUCUUUGGCUUUGCCACAUCAAUAUCACAGAUGAUCCUGUUCAGAUGCAUUGCUGGUAUCUUCGCUGGGACCAUCGUCACCCUUCGUACUAUGGUUGCGGAACAUAGCACGCCAAAGACUCAAGCACGAGCAUUCAGUUGGUUUGCUUUCAGUGGAAACCUGGGACUCUUUCUCGGGCCUUUAAUGGGAGGUGCUCUAGCCGCCCCUGCAACCCAGUACCCCGGUGUCUUCGGAGGGAUUAGAUUUUUCGAGGACUACCCAUAUGCUCUGUCAACCUUAGUGGUGGGAUCACUAGGAGUAACGGCUGCUAUAACUAGUGCCUGUUUUGUUCAAGAGACCCUGAAGAAAGAGCCAGCUGCAACUGAGUGCAAUGGCGAGGAGCUGGCAUCUCGUCGCCGUGACACCCUCUCGACACGGCAGCUUUUGGGAUCACCAGGGGUGGGAGUGGUCCUAUACGUAUACGCACAUAUUAUGACACUCGCAUUUGCUUAUACUGCCAUUAUUCCCGUCUUCUGGUUCACUCCGGUGCCCCUUGGUGGCUGGGGCUUCACCCCCCUCCAGAUCUCACUGAUGAUGGGAUUGAACGGUGCUGCCCAAGCAAUCUGGCUGCUUUUGGUUUUCCCCCCGUUGCAGCAUAGAAUUGGGACGAAAGGCGUGAUCCGAUUGUGUGCUCUUGCCUAUCCAGUAUUCUUCCUGGGCUGCCCCGUUGGCAAUGUGCUUCUUCGAGCGGGAUCCGAAGCGUCCAUCAACGCCUUCUGGGUCUUUGCGCCGAUAAUGCUAGCCGUUGGCUGUGGAGUCAGCAUGAGCUUCACUGCAAUCCAGCUUUCUUUGAACGACAUAUCGCCCUCACCGAGACUUCUCGGCACAUUGAAUGCGUUGGCGUUGACCGGUGUCAGCAGCUUGAGAGCUUUCUGCCCCGCCUUAUUCACCAGUCUCUUCGCACUAGGGGCAAGGACACAAUUGGCGGGAGGAUAUGCUAUCUGGAUACUUCUCUUGGUACUUGCUUCUGGUCUAUCAAUCGCCGCGAGAUAUUUACCAGAGCCCCAUAGAAACCAAGAGACCAGAAACGGUAACGGCCAGGCCAGAUGA